UUCUUGGCCAGCAUGGAGCUGCUGCCUUGUCGCGCUCCUCGUCGUCGUCGUUGUCGUUGUCGUUGCGGUUGCCGGUUUGUCGUUUACUAAACAGAGACAGAGAGACCCACAGACUGAGAGUGAGCGAGAGAGAGUUGUUAGUUGUUCUUUUUGGGGCUCGUGUAUUGUCGCAAUCGCAGCCGUUUUUAGACCUACGCCAUCAAAGUCGCACGGCGAGCGGCGCGCGUCUCUCGUCGUCGUUUUGUCAUUUUGGAAUCCGAUUGUUGUUGAUUUUCCUCAUUUGUUUUGUUGUUUUUAUUUUGGCUCUGGUUUUGCGUGUGCGUGAGUUGAUUGUGGUGUGCCUUGCAUAAAACUCAGAACAGAACAGAACAGAACAGAGUAGCGAUCGCCUCUCGCUUCGUUUUGUUUAUUUUAUUGUGACGUCAGAUCCGCACAGCAGAACAAUAAUCUCUCCUUCGAGCCCAAGCAAAAUGUCUUUAUCCCUGAUCCCCUCACUGGUGCUGGUGCUGGUGCUUGCAGCACAGCAAUCCCUCUCCGCGGAGAUCAUUCCCACUGUCACCCAUCCCUGUGCCUAUGCGGACACCGUAAACAUCACGGACGGACUUCGACUGAAGGAUGGCUCCUACUCCUACGCGGGAGUGGUUGUUCCUCCGCAUCUGCUGGCGGAGUACCACUUCAAGGUGAUCGAUGGCGUGGAGUAUCGUGCCCCAAAGCAUCUGCGCGGCUGCGUCUGUCUCCUGAAGCCCUGCAUCAGCUUCUGCUGUCCCCGGGGACUGGUGUUCGAAGCCAAGGGCUGGAAUUGCACGGCGCCACAGCAGGAGCGGCAGAUCACGCACGUGGAGCUGACCUACGGCAACCGGACGGUGGAUCAGGUGCGCAUAAACGAUCGAUUUGUGGUGCGCACGGAGCUGGGCUGCCGCAACAAGUUCGUGGACAAGAAGCACGAGAACUUCUGGCAGUGGGAUCUCUUCGAGAAUGGAUCGCUGCUGCGGGACAAUCGACUGUGGAGCACGGACGAGUAUUGCUUCAGUCCGCUGCAGCACAAGGCCGAGGAGUGGGAAUUGACGCCCCUGAGCUGCGAGCGCUUCCAGACCGGCUAUCGUGUGUGGAUCUAUGCGAUAUGCAGCAUCAUUGCCAUAUUGAUCAACAUUUUUAUACUCUCCCUCCUCGGUUCGGUGCGGGAUGCUCGAAAGAGUCACUACGGACAGGUGAUCAUCUACUAUCUGCUCUCCAUGAUCGUGGGCUACUCGCUGCUCGUCUACUUGGCCCUCAAGAAUCCCAUGAAACUCUCCCAUGUGGCGUGCAGGAAUAUCGGUUUACUGGCCUACUUCUGCAUCAUGCUGUCAUUUGUCUUUCUGGCCAUUUGUAGCUUUGAUUUCCUGCAAAAGUUCCGCUUGAAGCCCUGCAAGAAUUGGCUACGCAGAUUGUCCUAUUUCCUGGCUGUGGUGCUGGUUGUGGGUCUGCGAUUUCUGGUGUCCUUUGCCCAGGACUCGAACCUGCCCAAGCACUAUAAGCCGGGCAUUGGCGAGGACUAUUGCUGGUUCGAUGUGCGCCUUUGGGGCAUUCUCAUCUACUAUUAUGCACCCAUUGUCCUCCUGCUGAUCUUCAGUGUUGUCUGCUGCCUCAAGGCCUACUUUUCCAUCUACAAACUGCCAGCAGACACUCAAUAUAUUCUGGGCACAGAGCUGCGCAUCGUCAAGACUCAUUUCUAUGCAUUUUGUGCCUAUUUGGUGGGCGUCUUUGCCGUCUGGCUGCGCGAGAUUGUGGUCUACAUUAUGGCACGUGUGAGGGAGCAUUUCUUCAUCAUUGACUUCUGGAGUGGCAUUUGCAUCUUGGGUCUGGCCAUCGCCGGUUUCAUUCUGCUGCUGGGCAAGAAUCUGCAUGUGAAAUCCUGGUGGGCCAUUAAUGUUGAAUCCAGUCAGACCGAUUUGAGUGUGAUUAAUGCACGCGUCUACAAUUUCAAUGAAAAGGGAGAUCUGAAAUCUUCAGAUUCUCCCUAUCAGCCAACGGUGACAUCAUUAUAGACGGAAGAGAGACUGAGAGAGAUUGAAUGAUGAUGACUGCUCAUCUGCGUAUGAACUCUGGUAUUCACUUAGCUUAUGAUUCAUUUUGGUGCCACACCACACACACACACAAACAAGCACACAAAUGUGUGAAUAUCUACGGUGCAUAUAUCCGUACAGUUCUAGGAAGUAAUUGACUUGAGACUUUUGUUGAAUAAACUCGAAAUUGUGCAA